AUGGCCAAAAUCUCUCGAGCAUUUCUCCAAUCGGCCACAUCGAGCUCGGCGCCAUUUCUUUACCAGACCCGCACACUUGCGCCGUUAUCACAAUCGCUAUGUCGAUACCCUCCGAUCAACCGGCUUCAACGUCAAUACUCGGGGAGUAAUGCCCCCAAGAAUGAUGAACCAUUCAAAGAUGGUUCAGCAUUCCGAAAAAGCCAGAGCCCGGGAAAUUCCUCUGUGAUAUCACCAAGUUCGACGACAAACGAUCGUCCUGCACCUCGGCGAAGUUUUCUGCGCCGCCGCGCUGAAGAGGUCGCCCCGAAGAUCGAGCCCACUGAGCAAGCACCCUUGUCGCGGCCGCUCCAGACUAUUACCCCUGCCGAGAAAAUGAUAUUUGCGGACUUGCUGAAACAACUCAAGAAAGAGCAGCCAGCUGCGAAAACCACAAAACCGUCCCGGGCAUCAACGCGUCGACCCAAGCCAGAGAACGUCAACGAUUUGAUUGCGUUGUUUGAUGAUAUAUUUGAUAAGAGUGAAAAGGAAGCAGCGGAGAAGAAAAAGAAGCAAGAGAAAGAAAAAGAGAAAGCUGCGUCUGCCGCGCGCGGGGAUUUCCAGAAAAAGCCAUUUGAUAUACCAGGAGGCUCGGGCAAGAUUCGCUAUAGUGAUCUCGGCUUUUCGGCGAUAGCUUCUAAGGCCAACCCCGACUUUGAGAUCACGAUCAGCGAUGCUGUUGAUAUCGUAAUAAAACGGGAGUCGAAGAGGAUUGAAGAUGAGCUUUUCAAGGCAAUUGAAGAGGGUAGAGGCGAUAUGGGAUUAUGGGAGGAGUGUCAAGAGCACAUUUUCGGCAUGUUGCAACAUUUGGAAGAACCAACGCAAUCGUCAAAUACAGUUGCAGACGGUUCUUCAUCUUCGGGCACGAUGGACGAAAAAGACAAGCCAGUGCUCCCUUCUGGUCCUCUCAACAUCCCCGCCGUGGUACCUAUCACCCCGGUACUUGCAAAGCUCUACCCAAAGACCCUCCUCGUCGCGUUCCGUCUUCUGAACACUCAUUUCCCGGAAUCGCAACUCAUCGGUCAAUUCCGCUCCACUAUCAAAAACCAAGGCCGUACGUCCUCCGUCCUCGGAACAUCCUCUGCACUCUGCGAUGAGAUGAUCUAUUUCCACUGGCACGGCUGCAACGAUCUCCCAGCCGUGAUAGGACUCCUGCAUGAUAUGGAUCUUCACGGUCUGUCACCGAGCCCGAAAUCCCACCGGCUUUUGAAGGACAUUGUUCGCCAGCGUUUCCGUGACUUGGACUCGGUACGUCAGUCUGAGACUGGGACGGCCUCCUUCUGGCAGUUGCCUCCGAACCAAACGGCUUUUGAGGAGCUUUCUGGGCCUGGUGGCUGGUUGGAUAGGUUGGAUGAGCACGCUCGGCGCGAGAGUGCAGUUCCGUUCACAUCCGAUUGA